GCUAUGAAGAAUAGCACGGAAGUGACAGAGUUUAUACUCAUGGGGUUAACAGAUGACCCCAAUCUCCAGGUUCCCCUCCUUUUAAUAUUUUUAUUCAUCUACCUCGUCACCCUUGCUGGGAAUGGGGGGAUGAUGGUGAUCAUCUACUCAGACUCCCAUCUUCACACGCCAAUGUACUUCUUCCUGAGCAACCUCUCUUUUGUGGAUCUGGGUUACUCGUCAGCUGUGGCUCCCAAGAUGGUGGCUGCAUUGCAGUCAGGGAACAAAGUCAUCUCCUACAAUGGAUGUGCAGCUCAGUUCUUCUUCUUUGUGGGGUUUGCCACUGUGGAGUGCUACCUCCUGGCCUCCAUGGCCUAUGACCGCCAUGCAGCUGUCUGUAGGCCUCUUCAUUACACCACCACCAUGACCACGUGUGUGUGUGCCCUCCUGACUGUUGGCUCCUAUGUCUGCGGCUUCCUCAAUGCCUCUAUCCACGCAGCAGACACCUUCAGACUCUCCUUCUGUGGUUCGAAUGAGAUUAAUCAUUUUUUCUGUGACAUUCCCCCACUUCUGGCUCUCUCAUGCUCCAACACACACAUCAGCAAGUUGGUUGUCUUUUUUGUCGUGGGCUUCAAUGUCUUUUCCACCCUCCUGGUCAUCCUGAUUUCUUACCUCUUCAUAUACAUUGCCAUUCAAAGGAUGCGUUCUGCUGAAGGACGGAAGAAAGCUUUCUCCACCUGUGCUUCCCACCUCACCGCCGUGUCCAUCUUCUAUGGCACCAUCAUCUUCAUGUACUUACAGCCAAACUCCAGCCAGUCCAUGGACACAGACAAAAUAGCAUCUGUGUUCUACACUGUGGUGAUCCCCAUGCUGAAUCCUUUGAUCUACAGCCUUAGGAACAAAGAAGUGAAAAGUGCUCUCUGGAAAACACUCAACAAACUUUACCCUCAAUCCUUAAGUAUGAGGAGGAUGUCAGCAAGUCAUUAAGAGGUCAACCCUCUCUCAGACCUAAAUGCUGUCAUGACUUUUGAGGUUUGCAGGUUUUAGUUCUUUCUUCCCCAAGAAUAGUGGUUACUUCUGCUAUUAGAAAUGUAAAAACCAGGGCUUUGAAAUGUCUUACUCAGGAAGAUAAUCUUAUAUUUAGUGUACUACAACAUGAGACAUUUAAACUCUUCUUGCAUUAGUUUCUUGAUGUGGUUUAAAGCAAAAAAUAGAUGUGUAUAAUUGAAUGUGUUGAAUUUUCCUC